AACCUCUCUUACUCUUUAAGACUCAUGCUCAUACUUUUUAAGUGUCUGGCAGGAGCUGAAGUUUAAACAUCCCUGAAAUGAAGAAAACCUACUGAACGGGCCUCAUGGAGCAUCUCCAAGUGUGUUCAAGAGCUGCACGUGAUUAGUUUGACUGCUCAUUCUGUGGACCACAUCCGCCCCGUUUAUGGGUAUGUCCAUUUCUUUGACCUUAACUCCUAUUGGUUGAGAAGAAAAGUGAAAUUUCCAGACUGACUGCUUUGUUUACUAGAGUAGCCAGUGCUUUUGCUUUUUGCGACUUUCUAUGUGCUUUUGCGUGCUCUGAAUGAACAAAUGAUCCUGCCUGUGUUUACUUGUGCACAUGUUGUUAAGUGGAACUAGAUCACAUUUAAGACAGCCUCUGCCAUAGGCGAGCUUAGAAAGCGGGGCAUGGCGCCUGCUUCCUGCCACUGGCUGUGAUUUGUACUGUAUCUGGUGUCCCAUUCACACAAGUAACCAUUCAGCAAGGCAGAGAAAGACUGAUAGAGGGAGAAAGAGUACACUGCCAGCUGCCAAUAACUGAACCAGUAGAUCUUUUAGGACCUGUUGCAGCAGGUUUUUCUUUCUGUAUAUCUUAUUUCUGGACUACCCUGGACCAGUGCCAGACACAUGCAUGAACUCACACAUGCACACACACAGGAUGGGGAUGAUACUCCUAGCUGCCAAAAUCUGAAACCAGCCCAUCAACCAUUUCAUACAUAUUUGGACAGUCAAUUUAAUCCGAGCGCUGCACUGUCAGGACUGUUAGGGAGGUGUGGAGUGCACGGAUCCACGAGGCGAGCAGAUAUAGAUGUUUACAGAUGUGGCUACAGGUGUGAGUGAGGAAAUCUAACGCUGACGCUGCAAAUCCACAGAGAGAAGAGGGGGCUGUUAUUGAUUGCAAAAGUCCAGGUGAGUUAAUUUAGUCGCUUUACAAACAGUUAGGGUGUUGAUGUUAAAAUGAACUUUUUUUCUUCUCUUAAACUCACAUGAUUUCAACAUGUUUGACUUCACUUUGUAAGUCUGAUGAUGAGAGAGAGAGAGAGCAGUGCUGCCCUGUUAGUGUUGGCACUGCUGCAGGCAAUGAAUGUAGGUUAACCUUUGCAAACUUGGAGCGGCUGCCUUCACGUGUCAACACUGCUGGCUCAACUCUGUCAGUGUAUUAUCCUGACAAUUAGCCUUAUCUCGUUUCUGUCUGCUAAUAAGUGUAAACAUGAGUAGAUUAGCCCAACCUCAUAAAAACAUGUCCUAAUAAGAAACACACUAAUACUGGAUGUAUAGUGAUGGUCUGUGUUAUCCCACAGCUAUAGAAAAUUCUGGUCGGCAGGACAACUCCAAAUUAACAAAAAAAGUAAAUUACACCUCAGAAGAAGGCAAGUAAAUGUGUUGGAGCUUUUAGAAUAAUAACCUAUCAUUCCCAAUUCUUUUAAAAGCAACCUUUAAGAGAUCAGUAACAGCAACCAUAGUUUAAGACGAUAGUGUCACUUACAAAAGCAACUAAAAGACAAAAAUAAAAAAUAAAAAUAAGAGUAAAAGCCAUUAAAUUCUCCAAAUGAGAUAAUUUCUGAUUCAGUAUUAUAGUUGCUUUCUAUUUUAGAGCAUUUCCCCUGAAAAAGGAAAAAUAUCACUGGGACAACUAAGCAUUACAGCUCCCUACUACAUUUAUUUAAUACUGAAGAACAAACCAGGCAUAAUUCUGCAAGUUCUGACAGUAUAAACCUGGCAGUAGCCUCACCCAGCAUAAAAAAAAUUCCCUUUGUCAAUACUAAAUUAAAUAUCUUUGCUUUGAAAUCAGGACUACACACUGCAAAAGCUAAUAUCAAGCAAGUAUUUUUAUCUUUCAUAUAUUGGACUUAAAAUGAACCUGACAAUACAGAUGAAAAUCUUAUUUCAAAACAUUACACACCCAGAAUCAAAAUAAUUGCUUUUUAAAAAAUUUUGUUUAAUUAGUUUGUUUAGUUUUUGCAAAAAUAAAACAAAACAUCUGCUUAGCUUGAAGAUUUUUGCAGUGUAUCUUAGUACUCCAAUCAAAAUAAUGUAAUGCAAUAAAAAAUAGGAUUGUUGUAUUACAGCAAAAGCAUAAUCUCAUAUUAAAGUAGAUUUAUAGAAACUCAGCUGGAAUAAUUUGAAAGAAAUACGAUAUGUUUGAUAACUAUUUUCAAAUGACUGAUAGCUGUUAGAUAAAAAGGGUUGUUUAAAAGAGUACAUGCAGGUAAACAACUGCAGGUACUCUUUUAUUUUGUUUAUAAAAGUCUUUAAACUUCAGCACUUAUCCUGCAGAUCAAAUUUCUGGGUUAACUAUGAAGAUUUAGUGAUGUAGACGGGGAAUAAGAGAUACACAGAUAAAGAGGAGAGAUGUAAAAACACAUCACUACACCAUCUUAUCUACAGCUGCUUGGCUCUCACUUCUGAGGUUUACCUGUUGGCCUUUUUCCUGACCUUGCUGAUAAUGCUGUAUUAACUGUGUGUUACUUGUAAUCACACCCCCAGGUUUACAAAAGAGGACACUAAUACUCGGGUAAGGGAUUUGACAGCACACAUAAUGUGUGGAGGGAAACGUGAGGUCUUUGGGGCAUCCAGAUGGAGUUUAAAUCAAACACUGCAGCUACUUUAUUUCAAAGUGCGCAGGAUACAUAAAUUGCUCUAAACCUAAAAAGGACAAAAUGUGUUUAUUUAACCUAGAUAGGCUAAAUCGAUGCGUUUUUCUUUAUUGUCUCUAAUCCCUCUCAAUCAUAAAUGACCCCAAAUGCAGUCAUGUUUGGCAUCACAAUCUUGACUAAUGUACGGUCUUUGCUGAUCGUAAAAACAAUCAUACAGCAUCAGUUUUGUGACUGCUGCGUUUGCUCUCGACUUCUCUUAAUUCGUAACUGAACUAAGAAAAGGUUGUUUAAUGCUGCAUUUUUAUCUCAGUUAUUCUAACCUCCUGUUCCUCUCCUUUUAAUACAAAUAUUAUAGUUUAGUGCUCUGAAGUUAGCCGUCCAUUUAAGUUCAGAUGUCUUGAGUGUCGCUGUCCCGUCAUACGGCAACACUUCAUUAGGAAGCACAUCAAGGGUUAAAACUGUCAAAGGUUUGUAUUUAUUUGGCUUUUCUUCGUCAAAUGAUUGUAGAACUUUUAAAGUAGGUAACUAAUACAAUGUCACCAUAUAGAGCUCGGACUAUGGGCUAUGGGAGUCCAUUGCUUGGUUGAGUUUGUGCGGUAGCAGCCUGAUGCCUGCGUGACCUGACAGACAUUGACGUCUAAGCCAAGCCAAGGAAGGGUUAAUGAAUCUAUGAUUGACUUAUCUGGAAACUUGAGCUUCUUUGCAGAAAUAUCGGAUCAAACCAAAAUCAUGUUCUUUUCGUUCAAUUACUUAAUCAAUAUAUUUUAGCCAAAACAAGGAAUGUGAGGUUUGCCCCCCAUUAAUGUCAUCGCAUUAGAUCUUUUAUUAACUGGUUUAAACUGCAGAAAUUAUUACAGCGAGCAAAACCCAUUGGACUGUUUUAUCACCCGUGCAAAGGAUUCAUUCUUUUUUUGCUGUCUAUUCUGAUCUGUGACACUUAAUUAAUUUAGUUAAUUAUGUUUUUGUUUUUUUAACUGAAAAGGUGUAGCUAACAACUGAUAUCAGUGAAACAUGACCAUACUUCUUUGUUUGAAUAAAUAUACAUGUGUAAAAUAUAGUAGAAAAAAAAAGUGUAGUCAAGAUCCACAAGAUCAUUUCUAAGGUGUGUAUAGUUAACUCAAGAAAAGCAACUAAAUUUGACGACUCGACAACUCAACUUUACUUUCAUAGACUUCUUUUUGCUCAAACAUCAGCCCCAAGGACUUAUUAUGAGACUGUAUUUAAUUUUAUUGUAAUUUCUGAACUCAUAUAAUAAAGUAAAGCAAAAUCAAAAGCAGGCAAUAAAAAAAAAUCACAAAUCACUGAUGAAACACGUAAAACUGCCAUAUAAACUUGAGCGCUCAUGAUCCAGGUUAUAAAUACUUCCUAGUAAAUGCCCUUUAUUUACUCACUUACUGACUUGGACUAUUAUAAAUCUCAUACAUCAUAAAAUCUUUUGGCUACUGAUGCAGAGAGAACCGUGCUGAAGACUUAAUUGUCAGUGACAUCUUGUGGUAGCCAAAAAAUGUGAAGUGGGCAUGUCUUCAUACUUGUCAUCUCACGAACAAGGGCAACAUUGUUUAUACUGUAGCAACUGCACUAUUUAUUUUCCCUAAGAGUUUGUGGGGUAACCAUGACUACCGAUUGAAGACAUAUACAAAGCUUAUUUGAACCUUUUCAUGUUCUAAUAAUCCUCUCUAGUGACCUUCAUUGUUAUUUCUGCUCGGCUUCACUUGGUAACUCUCCUGUAUCAACAUUACGUCAAACCCACAGAGCUCUGAAAUUGAUUUUCUGGAAAGAAAUACCCCGUGAUCACAACACUUACAGCUGUUAGUGGAGAAUUGUCAGAUUAUUUCAAACAUCUGGGAGAAAAUCAUCCCUCAUGCUGCACUGUAUGCUUAUUCUGCAGUUUUUUUAAUCUUUUAGUCUUGUUUUUGUCAAAAGUUGCCUGAGAUGGCAUGUGUACCAACACUUUAAAAAGUAUUUUUUUAUAUAAAACAACAAGAUAAGACAAGUGUAUUUUCUGGGGAAAAUGUUUUGACUCACAAUGACCUAGAAUUUAUUUUCCUGUGGGAUACUCUAAGAACCGCAAGUGCUUAGGCAAUAUUGUGAUGUUGCUCGAGGGAAAACUGUAAAAAUGUGAGUAAUAGCAAAGAUAAUUUCAGUGGAAGGGCUUUCUGGUUGAUUAUAAGCUAGGAAACAUUUGACAGUGGGAAUCUUUAAGAAGAAUGACAAGGAAAACAAAUAUCAGUCUUUCUAAGAAGUGGCUUUAAUUUUUUUAGAGUAACCAGGCCCAGGACUGGGACCUCUGACCGCUGAAAGACAUACAAAAAUAUAAUUUCCAUAUCUUCUUUUUUACUCAAAAUGUGUCCUAUCUGAGUCACAAAUAUCUUUUUAUUUUUACAAUUUUCCUUGAAACACUGGUAAAAAAAACAAACAAACAAAAAAAAAAAGUGUUCUUCCCCCCAACCUACGUGUCCCCUAACUUCAGUAGGUCUGACCCUACAGCUGUUCCUGUACAUUGUCGUAAUGGCAAGUAUCAGGCACACAAAAAAAGGGGGACAAAGAAGAAAACAGAGAGGUCUAUGGGUAUUCAUAAAUAUUUGUUGAAGUCGUUAAGUACUGAAAAAAUAAGUGACAUGUGGCACAGCUGCUCGGUUUUAAACCUCGCUUAAAUUGUUGGCAGUAGCUCAGGAGGUAGAGCGGCCGUCCAAUAACCAGAGGGUUACAGUUCAAUUCCCCCCUACCCCUAGUCUGUCCAUUGUGUCCUUGGGCAAGACACUUAACCCACCUUGCUCCUAGUGUUGGUCCUCAACUGGUGUAUAAUUGUGAGUGUUGUGUGGUGGUGGUCAGAGAGGCCAUAGGCGCAAACUGACAGCCACGUUUCUGCAGUCUACCUCAGAACAACUGUGACUACUUAAGUAGUUUACCACCAUCAAGGUAUGACUGCGUGAGUGAAUGAAUUAUGUAUCCAAUGUAAAGCGCUUUGAGGGUCUCUGAUAAAGCGCUAUAUGAAAUCUGGUGCAUUAUUAUUAUUAUUACAUGUUGAUGUCUGUUAGCUUGUAUAUAACCACAUGUCCUCUCUGACUAUAUAUGACAGCAGAGCAGGUGGCACAAGAGAGCUCGAGAGUUGUUUUAGCUUCAAAUUUGGCCCCAACUUCCACUAUAUUUUCACUAUCCAUUAUCUUUUCUAGAAAGCAGUCGAAUGUUUGUGAUUUCUCAGAUUCCCCUCAGUUUAUGUCCUGAUAUACAGCUGCAUGAAACUAAACUGUCAAAGGAAAAUAGCUGCUGUGAGAAAAAAGUCGAUAUAGAGGCGUACAAACCCAGUCUCCAUCUUUGCAUGUAAAACUUGCACAUCAAUGUAUUUCCACGUGUACAUUCACAAAGUCAGGGAGAUUUGCUCGCUGUAUUAGUCCACAUGCACAUGCACACCGCUUAUUAAGUUACAGCUACUCCUACUGUAAAUGCAUCUGUUCUGGCUUGUGGCGGAGUGUCUGUCAAGUAGAGGAGAGGAUUUGUUGCCACAGUGGUGAAAAGGCAAUCUCUCAGCUUUCACAGUAUCACUUAAACCUCUUUUGAUCCAAACAGAAAGAACAGUGAUGGUCACCUCUCUGUUUUUUCUCACACACACAUACAUUUAUACAUCGCAGGAGAAGCCAGCCCCUCUCUUUCUCUGCUUCAGCAUUAUUUAGCUUUGCAUGACCUAACAGCCAUGGUUUGAUGGCACUUUUAAUGAGCUUGGUGUAUGUCGAGGGCUGAGGUUACUCUUACUGGAACCCGGGCCACGUGUCUGUCAUCUCUGCUCAGAUCAGAUAACACUUUUUUGCACUCAGCCGGAUAAACUUCUGGGCUAGUUUUGCCCAUAGGUGUCAAACUUUGGUGUUUUAAAAAAAUCGUCUUGAAAGUGAUCUUAACUGUUCACACGCUCGCACUUGUUCUGUCAGCAAGAUUCAUUGUGAAUUUACAGUAAGGGAUGACUCAGUAGAUUUGACCUCAAAGGCUCAGUGGGUGAAAGUGCUCUGUCACAAAAAACCAAAAGACAUCCUCCCUGUCAAGUGCCAACAGGAAUACAAAAUAAACAGAUAAAUUUCCUUUUUUCAGCCAUUUAAGGGUUUAGUGAUUAUUUUACAUUUUUGACACUCUAAGUUUGGUAAGAGAAAUAACAUGACACAUACCUGUAUUUUACACACAGAGCUAGACUAGAAGCUGUUAAACUUAUAGCUUAGCAUGAGGUUGGACAUAACUAGACAAUUCUGUUUAUGCCUGCGUUUUCUCUCUCUUCACAGAGACAGAUCUUGGUGCAGAAAGUCACACUCCUCAUUGAACCCCAGCAGCAGCAGCAGCAGCAGCAGCAGCAGCAGGUCUCAAACAUUAACCUCUAAGUCCAGGAGACACACCUGUGAGCCCCGUGGGACCUCCUGCCAAAGGAUGGCAGAAUCACAGGUAUUGUCUAAAACAAUUUCUGUGCAACUCUGGAAAUAACAUCCGAUCUCAGUCUGAUUUAAGGCUGCAAUGUUGAAAGUUAAUUUCUUUUUUAAUUAUUCAGCUUUAGCUAUUUUCUGUAGAUGUCAUUCUACUCCUCAAGUCUAUAAGAAGUUUAAUAUAUUAUCUUGUUUUUUUCCUCCCCCAUAUACAAAGGUUUUAUAAUUUUACGAUGUUUAUGAACAUGACUCUGGCUGAGACAGUUUAUUUACUAUCAGACAGGAGGUUUUAAUGGCCUCAGGGGAUUCACAGUAAGCAUCUUGGCAGCUUCUUGCUCCAGAAAUGGGAUUUGAAACAGGAUUUACACAUUAAGCCUAGCCCUGAUUGGUUUGUCAACAGUUAGUGUAGAUUGUCCUUAACUUUUGUGCCCACUCUGAUGAUCAUCACAUCACAGACUUAGGAGGAUGUUUACCUUUCCCAGCAGGAGAGCAACACCUUCAGCUUGAGCACUACAGCUGCUGACCGGCGACACAGCACGGACGGGACCACCAUGUCAGGGUCAGGAUCGACGCUGGGACGAGGCCCUGUCGGCUCAGACCAUUACCACCCAUACCGUCGACAAUUCAACGAAGGAACGGUGUCGACUUCAGAUUGUCUGAGACAGUGCUCGUCUUCCUUCAGCUGUUUGCAGGAUGAGUGCCGCCCUGACACUGGUCCACACAGCUCAAGUGACGAGACAGCAACAUCUUGGGACCAGUACAACGGCAGUGUUCAGGUUUCUAGACUGAUGGUACAAUUAUUUGCUCCUCAAAUGUUUAUAGAAAAGCAGAUUUUACUUGUGGAACUUUAUAUAAAUCAAAACAGAACAAGAAGAGGCUAAGUUAGACUCUAAAAAAACACUGUAGCGCUCUGUGACUGAAGGCCGAAUCAAGAGCUUAGUGCUUCAAAUUAGUUUAUCCUUAUGAAAGCAGAAGCCUUGGGAAAAGUACAUGAUUUUGAGAGAACAUCAAUCUGGUUACUGUUUGUUUUCUUAAUGUUGCCCAUCUUUAUUUCUGCUAAGAAAAGAUUGCAUGUAGGAAAAAAAAAAGACAUCUUUAUAAGUCAUACAGCUACACCGUACAUUAACUGUUGUAGACUUUGAUCUCUUACUCAAUACGCCAAUCUAAAGUCAGACUGUAAACAAUGAUGAGGAAAAGGAAAUCUUGACCCUCUUUUUAAUGCUUAUCUGGAUAUGGCUAGCUUGAACAAAAGCUCUGGAAACUUGGCACCACCUGAAGAUAUGUCAUAGUUGGACAACAACUGAUGGGUCUGGUGAAUGCUCUGCUUCCAAACUGCUCGAUGUGCAAAUAGCCAAAUGUUUUGAUGGCAACCUUCAGGAUGAUUACUAAAAAUGUGUUUGAAAUGUAUUUCUGCUUCCUCCUGGUGGCCAAAAUAUUUGUGACAGUAACAUUCUCUGGCUGAAAUGGUUUUAUUUUGAAUUUUACAGUAAUAUUCAGUCAAGAAAGUGAAGAUGAGUAACUAUCUUUUUCCCUUGAAUUCGCAGAGUUCAUACACAGAACUACCAAGUGUUGGACCAGUAGACCCUCCCUGUUUCCUGUCUCAGAGUUAUCCAUCCUACAGCUCAUCAGGCGCAGUGCAACAGGUGAGGAGUCUGUUGGUUGAACCAAAGUGAAGUUUUAUGUCUGAAAGUUUUUAAACAUGGGUAAGAGAGUGAAUAAUUACCUCGGAAGCACAAAAUGAUGGUGAUUUCAAUAAUUUUAUGAACCAGUAACUGAGACAUGUCAAAAAUAAGAAACUGCGUAAUUUUUGACCUUGAGUAACACUUGUAGCUGACUGGUUUCAAGUUUAUAGUUUAUGUUGUUUGUGUUUUCUACAGGUUUCAUCCAGGCUGCACUCUAAUAAUGAUCAGUCCAACGGCUCGAAGUAUUCUCUACAAAGUUUCUCCAGUCAGUCUCACCAAGAGAGCCCCACACAGUCCCUCUUCCCCAAGCCUGUUUAUUCAUACAGGUAAAUCUGCACCACAUUCUGCCAUAAAUUUGCCAAAAUGUCAUUAUUCCAGUGAUUAUUUGUGGCACACCUUUGACUGAAGUACAAAACCUAACCUACCAAUCCUAAAAUAUGAAGUGUAAAAUGUUUCCCUCGUGAUUCCAGCAUUUUGAUCUUCAUGGCUCUGAGGAACAGUAAAACGGGAAGCCUGCCGGUCAGCGAGAUCUACAGCUUCAUGACUGAACACUUCCCCUAUUUUAAGGUACCACAAUUUAUGGUCUUUGAAUCACAAACACAAUUUCUCUUGGACAACUUGCAAACGGGGCUGUUGUAUGAAAGAGGCAUUAUAAAAUGUCAUUUAAAGAGUGUUCAGGAAAAUGGUUAACAUGUUUUAGAGCCCCCUUGUGACUGACUGCAAACUUGAUCAUGAAUCCCCUCCCUCUGUACUAACAAUUGGAACAUAGGUCAGAAAAUGAAAAUGCAUGUCCUACAAUUUUUUUUUUAGCACACUUUUUGUCAUAUUAGUUUUUGACACAUCAGUUUGAUUUUAAAGCUCCUGUGCAGAUUUUUUUGACAUUACUGAAAUAGACUGAAAUCCUCAUUGAUGCUUUUUUUAUGACAUAAAAAGCAAAAAUGACCUUAAGUAACAAGAUUAAAAAUUCUUAUAUAGUAAAUUUUAAUGCCUCAAUCCAGUGUGAAGGGGGAGGUGUCACCUAGCAGCUAUAGAAAAAGCCUUUUGUUACAGAAAUGUUCACAAUAAGAUACAUGUUUGACUGUUAAAUGUUAGAAAACACUACACGAGUAUGUUGUGGAGAAGAUAAAGAAAUAGCUUUGUCUGCAGGGGGUGCCAAAAUUGAGACACACCAAAAAAUUCUCACUAGAGCUUUAAUUUAAUCAUUUUAAUUAAUAUGAGGAUGUGCUGCCACAAUUGACAACUACGUUUACAAAAGGUAAACAAAUCCUAAGAUGAGUCAUUAGACCUUUUACAAAUAUGCUUUCUCUCAUCUGCUGUGGCCUGUACACACUUGAGGGAUCCACAACAUUUUUUGGUAAGCUUAAUGUUUAAGUAAGCAGAGGCGGUGUGACGGGAUUCCUGUGGCUCCUCCAUUUGUGUAUGUCUUAUCUUCAAAGUAUGUCACCACCUGAGUAAGUCAGCACCCGUCCUGUAGUAUUUUAGCUUCCUUUGCUAUAAGAGGGUCUGAAGAAGCCUGAAAAGAAGUUUAAAAAGGUGACAGGAAAAGGAAAACUCUCACUGUUGCAGCCCUGUAAUAAGUCCAACCAUUUCAUUUAAACUGAAGGAAAUGAAUGCCCGUAAGCGUACUUCUACACAUUUGCGGCUCUCUGAACAAAUUUCAAUUUAUUUGUUUACUCGCAUUGACAUUGUUUGCUACCAUUAGGCGGAAAAAUGUGGUCUACCGUUGCUCUUAGCACGCCUUAAAUGGAACAAAAGGUUUGUCACACCAGUUUCUCUAUCUCAUUCCUGAGUCUUAACCUUAGACUUUCUACACGAGCUUAAAAGUUCACAUUCAGGUUUGUAGCACGAGAUCAUCCCAAACCACAUCAGUGUUGUAGCUGGCACUAAUCACUCACAUGAAAUCCCUCUGAUGUCUGAUGAUGCACUGCACAAAGCAAUGGGCUACACCCACUCACAAGUGACACGGGACUGGCUGGGUAAAACCUGUUGAGGCACGAGGCUGGCAUGCAUCAGGAUAUGCACGAGGUAAAAGUGAAUGUGUCAGGUGUAGGUAGUUUGUUGGGAUAAAGCAAGAAUAGAGAGUUGUCGAGAGGGUACUUGCAGACCCUUGUGCUUUACUUUGGUCGAAUUAGCCAGCUGACGGGUUUAACUUCUGUUUCGGUCAACAAAAAGGAUUCCAGGUAUCUACACAUCACCUCUGGAAAGAGCUCAAAGACUUGCUGCCAUUCAUAUUCAAGAAGGUGCUGUAUAGAUGGCUCCUUUCCAAACAGCUGCCUGUCACAUCAAACUCAGGCUGCAGGGCCAAAAAUACAUGAGGCAGAUGAUUAGUGAUAAUGCAAAAGCUCUGAUUUUUUAGAUCUAUCUGGAAACCUUCUCAAUAUCUUCAAGUAUUAUGUGGUUCACUUCAGUUCAGUUCAGAGGGCACUUGCUAAGGCAUGUACAUAUCAAAUAUGUUUUGCAGAUGGUGGAAAAAUUAAUACAUUCGUUCCCUAGAGGAAGGGCAAGGAUCCUGGUCUCUGUGUAUGGAUUUUAGUGAAGUUGUAACUCAACAGUUCACCAAGAUUGUUGCUGAGUUACUUUGUGUAAACAGAGUCAUAGACAUGGUCAGUCACUGGGUGAGAGGGAAAAUCAUUCAAUUAAAAUGAAGAUAAAUAACAUGAUGAUUUGGUUGAAUUAAUGUUUUCAUAUCCAUUAACAGUGAUGUGGAUAGACCACAGUACGUCCUACAUGUGCUGUGCCAAAGUCUUGGAACAUACCAUUAAAAGUUUCUCUACUGAAAUCUAAAAAAGGGUCCUUUGAAUUGUAGAUGAGGGGGUCCUGCUGACCCGCCUCUCCAUGGUGAGGAGCUCAAGCCAUUUUUCCUUUUAUUUGCUGUGAGCCUCAAAAUAUACUCACCUGAUUAUUUCUUGCGGCCAAAAUGCGCCUGAAUAUUUUUACAGAAUAGUGAUGCUUGUUGUAUGAGUCAUUAUGAGUGGCUUUUAUAAUGCUAAACAAGGUAUAAUAAUAUAUGCAACAAUAUAUAUACAACACUAAAACACUAAAACUGGGCUCAUUACAACUUAAUAGUCAUCAAAUCCACUGGAUAUGCUUUCAUUUUGAAAUGAAGUACAUGCUACUCCUUGUCGAAAAUAACUGAUAAAACUGAAUUUAAAUGCUGCAAGUACAGUUGGAAAACCAUGAAAGCACUUUUUUAGCACCUUUGAUAGAGACAAAGGCUCUGGCAUUGUAUUUAAUUCACAAUAAAUGUUGGAGGAGCCACACUCCUGGAGGAUGGGAGCAAACACAGGACAUUUUCUUUGCUCGCUUGGGUUUUGUGCUCGAAUCAAAACACAAACUCCAGUAAGUCUGUACUCCCCUGGCAACCACUUACCUAGGUGGAAGUUGUGGCUAACUCCCCUAGGAGCUAAGCUAAUGAGUUGUAGCUGUAGCGUAGAAGAGUUGAGAUGAGGUUCCAGCUGCCUUUUUCAGCACCGAAGGUUGCCUCAUAAGAAAACUGAAAGAUUAAGAGGUUUAUACUGUAUGUACAGAGUAAACAAAAGUGCUGUUUGUCAAGUUAGGUGGUGCUUUAUCAAGACAUCUCCAAUAUCUGACUGAUCAUACAGGAAACGUUUCGAGGUGUUUAUUUAUUAUCAUCUUUUUCUACAUCUUAACAACCUGUCUUUGCUUCCAGACAGCCCCAGAUGGUUGGAAGAACUCUGUGCGUCACAACCUCUCCCUGAACAAGUGCUUCGUGAAGGUGGAGAACAAAAACGGGAACUCGUCCCGCAAAGGUUGUCUGUGGGCUCUCAAUCCAGCCAAAGUGGAAAAAAUGCAGGAAGAGCUGCAUAAGUGGCGCCGCAAAGACCCCAUUACUGUUCGCAGGAGCAUGGCAAAGCCAGGUGGGUUAACAAUAUCACUAGACUCACUAUCAAAGAACUUGAAAACAAUUAAACCAUACACCUCACAAAUUCAUGUGAGCUGUAUGAUAAUUUGAGAACUUUUUAAAUAAUUUUAACUGUUUUUAAUACCAAUAAUAUUUCCCACAGAGGACCUUGACUGUCUGCUGGGAGAGAGACCGGAAAAAUUCAGGUCUCUGCCACCUUACACCAAUACAACUUUGUUAUCCAGAGGGCCCCCCACAUACGGCAUCGCCUCCAUAUCCAGCAGCCCAGCCCAGCUUCAACCACCCUGCCUACCUGUUCCAUGUUCUCAAUAUGCAAACAUCCAACCCCAGCAACCCUGCUACCUGUCCCCUAGCACUGCUCAUCUCAGUAACUCAUUCGCCCUGUACUCACUCUGCGGACAGCCAGCAGCCGCUGCAAGCCUGAACUCACAUGUGGCUCCAAAGAUGCCGCCUGUUUACAGUGCCGCCCCACAGGCUGAUUACACCGCCGGGCACAGGAGCAUGCAAGAAUUUCUGUUGGAGGGAGACGCCACCUAUGACGUUGACACACUCGACCCGAGUCUGACUGAUCUUCAGCUGCAAGGUAUGAUAGAUUAGUAGACAAUAUGAUGAUUAGAGAAAGAACAAGCUGCAGACAUAAUGUAACAAAAGCAAGGAUGUCUUCUCUUGGAAUAAUAACAGUCAUGUAAAUUAAAACUUUAAAAUUCCCUAAUUUGUAAGUAAUCCAGGACUUUCUUAUGAUAUUUUCUGUCAUGUGAUUUUAGCACGCAGACGUUUUGGCAUAAAUCACAGACUUGAUAGAUCACUGAUGGCUCUGACCCAUAUAAGUGUCUCAUUGAGUCAUGACUGCGUGUCAACACAGCUCCUCCCUUUCUUAAGAAAAACUAUUUAGAUCUCAAUUCCAGUCAUCCAAACAAACGUGAACUGUUGCACAAUAAUAGCUCUCCAAAAUACUUCUGUCAUUGACUCAGGUAACUUGUGGGAGGAGUUACAGGAAGAAAGCUUGGUCUCUGAUGCCAAAGUAACCACCACAACCCCGUCCUUGACCUCUGCCCUGCGGGAGCAGCACUUCCAGAGAAGCUGCUUACAGAUCACGCCUCCUCCAGUCAGCGAGACAGCUGUCUGCCAACGUAAAGUAGGGUAUGAGGAUGGGAACCCGGAAGGUGGACGACAGACGGAUCAGCUCAGCUGUUUUAAUGGACUCCAUUCUGGGGUUUGUUCAGGGGUGGAGAGCCUGGCUGGGUAUCUGACCUCUUCUUGUACAGCAUCAAUCUCCCUGAUGUAA